CAGUUUUGACCCCAGUGUGUUGCCGUCGCGCCUGUCCCCGCCUCCCAGGUAUAAAGAGCGGCUGCGCACGCUCCAUCGGUCUUCUCCCACGUCACCCGGAGCAACCACUACCUCUCACUCAGCCUAGGCCUCAUUAUCAAGAAUCAUGUCCGACGAACAAUUAGAGCGCACAUUCAUCGCCAUCAAGCCCGAUGGCGUGCAGAGGGGCAUCAUCGGAGAGGUCAUCAAGAGGUUUGAGAUGAAAGGCUUCAAACUCGUUGGCAUGAAGAUGCUCCAUGCCUCUGAGGACCACCUGAGGAAGCACUACGACGACCUGAAGGACAGGCCAUUCUUCCCUACCCUCAUCAAGUACAUGAACUCUGGUCCAGUGGUUGCCAUGGUGUGGGAGGGCAAAGGCGCGGUGAAGACAGGCAGGGUGAUGCUGGGCGAGACCAACCCCGCUGAUUCCAAGCCCGGAACUAUCAGAGGAGACUUCUGCAUCGACGUCAGCAAGAACAUCAUCCACGGCAGUGACUCAGUGGCCAGUGCCCAGAAGGAGAUCGGUCUGUGGUUCAAAGAUGAAGAGCUGUCCACCUACACGAGCUGUGCCUUCGACUGGCUCUACUGAGCACUCUGGGUACCUGCAGCAGUCCUCACACUGGUCGCGACCAGUGAAACUUUUGCCUCAUUUCCUGUCUUCUUUGUCCAUAGCCUAGAGGGGCAAAGAACUGACGUGAAGCUCUUCAUGUCUCAGUCCUUGCAAACCCCCUCCUGCCCUCUUGUCAUCAUACUGUACUUGGAUCUGGGUCUAUGCUGAGGUCCAGGUCUAGUCUCAGUUCAUUCCUCAGCUCUAUUCCUUUUUAGAAACAUUCCAUUCAAUCCUUGAAUGUACAGUUAAUGACUUGAAAUGGUCUUUGACUGUCUGUUUUGUUAAAGGUGAUCUGCUUUCCAAUAAAAUGUGCACGAUAAAAA